CUACCUUCCCUGACUAUGCAUCCAGUCAUGAUGGGACUUUUCCAGAGAGCACUGAGGCUGAGAACAUCUCUGAGACACCUGUGUCUCUGCAGCACUGUCUCCACUAAAGCCAGGCUUCCACUUGCAGCCCUCAAAAGUCCAUUCUUGAACUUCGGCUCGUGUCGUGAGCAGCACGUUGGGGCAGUUGGGUCCAAGUCACUCCCCGAUGGAGCUCCAAAAAGGCUGCCUUUCUCCAGAGUCACAAAGGAAGAUGUGGACUUUUUUAAGAAGAUCUUACCGGGCAGAACAAUCACUGACCCAGACUUAGUGGAGUCCAGUAAUGUGGACUGGCUAAAAUCUGUAAGAGGUUCAAGUGAAAUUCUGCUGAGACCUCAGACCACAGAGGAAGUGUCUCAGAUUCUCAGGUAUUGUAACAAUCGCAACCUGGCUGUGAACCCCCAAGGGGGCAAUACUGGGCUGGUUGGUGGCAGCGUGCCUGUUUAUGAUGAGAUCAUCCUUUCAACCUCUCUUAUGAAAAACAUAAAUAGCUUUGAUGACAUAUCUGGUAUUCUGACCUGUGAGGCAGGUUGUGUCUUGGAGAACUUGUCACUCUACCUGGAGGAUAGAGGCUACAUGAUGCCACUGGAUCUCGGGGCAAAAGGAAGUUGCCAAAUUGGAGGCAACGUGGCAACAAAUGCAGGCGGGCUGCGGCUGCUGAGAUACGGCUCUUUACACGGGACCGUGCUGGGUCUUGAGGUGGUGUUGGCAGAUGGCCAGGUGCUGGACUGCUUGUCCACACUACGGAAGGAUAACACAGGAUAUGACCUCAAACAACUCUUCAUUGGGUCAGAGGGCACUUUGGGGGUCAUCACUGCAGUGUCCAUUCUUUGCCCACCAAAACCCAAAUCUGUUAAUGUGGUUUUCUUGGGCUGUGAGACCUUUGAAUGUCUCCUGAAGACGUUUCAGCUUUGCAAAGGCAUGCUGGGAGAAAUUCUGUCUGCUUUUGAGUUCCUGGACAGUGAAUGCAUGAGGCUGCUAAACACGCAUCUCAAACUAGCCAAUCCCAUCUCUGAUUGCCCGUUCUACAUUGUCAUAGAAACAUCGGGAUCUGACCCCAACCACGAUUCAGAGAAACUCCACAGCUUCCUGGAGGAAGCGAUGACAACAUUGUUAGUAACUGAUGGAACAGUGGCAACAGAGGAAGCAAAAAUAAAGGCUCUGUGGUCCAUGCGUGAACGUGUCACAGAGGCACUGACUCAUGACGGCUUCACCUACAAGUACGACAUCUCACUUCCGGUGGAGCGGAUUUACCAACUGGUGACGGAGAUGAGGCAGCACCUGGGGGACCGGGCCAAGAGUGUGGUGGGAUACGGCCACGUGGGUGAUGGUAACCUCCAUCUGAACAUCACGUCUCCUGCUAAGGACCCCAGUUUACUGGCUGCUAUUGAGCCAUUUGUCUAUGAAUGGACAGCCAAGUUUCAAGGUAGUAUUAGCGCAGAGCAUGGACUGGGCCUGAAAAAGAGGAACUACAUUUAUUACAGCAAACAAAGCCAAGCGGUGGCCCUGAUGGGUCACAUCAAGGCUUUGCUGGACCCCAAAGGCAUCCUCAACCCAUAUAAGACUCUACCAGAUAAGCUGAGAUGA